ACCAUGAGCUGACCCUGACUGAAUCCGCUGAUAUGGGAGUUUGCUGAUUGAGAUGAUUAUCUGUAGUUUACAGUUUCUGGAAACUUUGAAUUUCCUGACAGUCUUGAGUCGCAGCUCACAGAAGAUUUGAGUCUGCUGUUCUCGUGGAAAAAUGGCGAUGAUUUCAGGGUUCAUCUUCCUGUGCCUUCUCCACGCUGCAAUCCCUCAAGGUCUAAGACCUCGCGGACCCAGGCCGGUACCUGGGCGAGGGGACAGUCCAGGACCGACUCCACCUCCGCUCCCUCCCCUACCCAGUCCUGAAGGUUGUAAGAGCGGCAUAAUCCCCUGUCCUGUCAAGCUGUUUUUCACACUCGACACCUCAGAGUCCAUCGCUUUACAGGAGGCCCCUCCUGGGAGCUUGGUGAAGAAAGUUAAGGAGUUCACCAAGAUGUUUGCCCAGGAGCUGAAGGAUGAGUUGUACAAGGACCGCGUCUGGAUCUACUGGUCCAUCGGAGGCCUGAACUUCUCAGAGACGCAACACGUUUUCAGUCAGUUCACAAACAAGGAGAACUUUAUCAGGGCCCUCAAUGGGAUUGUAUACGAGGGCAAGGGCACCUUCACUGACUGCGCCUUGGAAAGAGUGGCGACCCACAUGACCCAGCACUCCUCAGGGACGAAGUCUGUGCUCUUCUCUGUGUUCAUUACUGAUGGACAUGUGACAGGAAGUCCAUGUGGAGGGAUAAAGGCAGCGGCAGAGAAGGCCCGAGAGAAAGGGAUCCAAAUUUUCUCAGUGGCAGCGUCCAGGAGCAUCAAUGAAUUAGGAUUGAAAGAAAUAGCCAGCACUCCCUAUGAACUGUACCGUGAUGAUUACGUAGUUGUGGACAUCAUUGGUGGGAAACCAGAAAUAGAGACCAAAUCCAUCAAUCGUAUCAUAAAAGCCAUGAAAUAUCAAGCCUAUUUACAGUGUUAUGAACAUCAGUGCUUGGAGAAGCCUGGACCCCCUGGACCAAAAGGCCAUCGAGGUCUGAAAGGUAUAAAAGGAGACAGGGGUCGUCCUGGGCCAAGUGGAGAAAAGGGUAGACGGGGUGAUCCUGGCAUUGAAGGUCCAAUUGGAGGACCCGGUCCCAAGGGAGAGGUUGGUUUAAAAGGUGAUAAGGGUGAACUAGGAACAAGUGGAGCCAAGGGUGUGGCAGGAGUACCUGGCAAAAAUGGAACUGACGGUCAGAAGGGUAAAAUUGGCCGAAUUGGAGCUCCUGGUUGCAAAGGUGAUCCAGGAGACAAGGGACCAGACGGUUACCAUGGAGAAGUUGGGGAGACUGGACCACCUGGUGAUGAUGGAGAAAAAGGUGACCCAGGUAUUCCUGGAAAACAAGGUCCCAAUGGCCCUCCGGGUGAUCAAGGACCAAAGGGUGAAGAUGGAAAUCCUGGAAAUCCAGGCCCACCAGGAGAAAAAGGACCUCCGGGGCUUCCUGGUAAAGAUGGACCACGAGGCGAAGGGGGAAGAAGAGGAGACCCUGGAAUAAAGGGAGGACAAGGACCUGAUGGGCCGAAAGGGGAGAAGGGAGAACGAGGGCCACAGGGAGGCAGAGGCCGGCCAGGAGAGAACGGACUGAAGGGCGCAAAGGGAGACCAAGGACUGCCAGGACCGAGGGGUCAGCCAGGAGAACAAGGGGCCGCUGGAGGAAAUGGCACCAUGGGGAAUCCUGGAGAUCCUGGACCAAGGGGCGACCCUGGGCCCCCUGGACCAAUAGGUGACAAAGGAAGGGCGGGAUUCAACUAUCCUGGGGCGAGAGGAUCCACAGGAGACCGAGGUGAUCCGGGUAGAAGAGGACCCAGAGGAAGCAGGGGUGAAUGUGGUGCCAAAGGAGAGCCUGGAGAUAAAGGACCAAUAGGAGAAACUGGGGAUCCAGGUCAGCCAGGAGGGCCAGGAGAGAGAGGACCCAGAGGAGAACCUGGACCUGAUGGGGAUCCAGGACUAAUAGGUGAUCCAGGGCUCAAUGACUGUGAUGUCAUGACUUAUAUCAGGGAGACGUGCGGCUGUUGUGACUGUGAAAAGCACUGUGGGGCUCUGGACAUCGUAUUUGUAAUAGAUAGCUCUGAGAGUGUUGGGCUGACAAACUUCACCCUGGAAAAGAACUUUGUUAUCAACACCAUCAACAGGCUGGGAUCCAUGGCCAGCGACCCUGCAUCAUCAACCGGCACAAGAGUCGGAGUUGUACAGUUCAGUCACAAUGGGACCUUUGAGGCCAUUCGUCUCGAUGACCCAAACAUCAACUCCUUGUCUGCCUUUAAAACGGCAGUGAAGAAUCUGCAGUGGAUUGCCGGAGGCACCUUCACACCCUCAGCUCUCAAGUUUGCCUAUGAUCAGCUCAUCAGGGAUGGCAAGAGAGCCAAGGCCAAAGUAUCAGUGGUGGUGAUCACAGAUGGCCGCUUUGACCCUCGCGACAACGAGAAUCUGCUCCAGUACCUGUGCGAAAACGAUGUGGUGGUGAAUGCCAUUGGGGUUGGUGAUAUGUUUGAAAAAAAACAGGAUGAUGAGAUCCUGGGAUCGAUCGCGUGCAACAAUAAGGAGCGUGUCACUGGGAUGAAGCGUUACGUUGACUUGGUGGCUGAUGACUUCAUUGAGAAGAUGGAGACGGUGCUCUGUCCCGAUCCUCUGAUUGUGUGCCCUGAUCUCCCAUGUAAAAGUGAACCUGAUGUAGCUCCGUGCGUCCAGCGGCCAGUCGAUUUGGUAUUUCUACUAGAUGGUUCAAUGCGGCUUGGAACAGAGAACUUCCGAUACGUCCGUGAAUUUCUGCAGAAGACGGCAGACACGCUAACACUGGCCCGGAGCAAGACUGAUCGUAUGCGGGCCCGCUUGGCACUCGUAGAGUUCGGCAGGGAGAAUAACAAUGUCUUGGCCUUUCCUCUCACACACGACCCUGCUAUGAUUGCCGACGGCAUAGCACGCUUGACUUAUCUGGAUUCUUCCUCAAGCAUAGGGCCUGGCAUCCUCUACGCCAUCGACAACAUCUUGGGGAGAGGAAAUACUCGCCAAACAAGACGCAAUGCAGAGAUUCAGUUUGUCUUCAUCACAGACGGCAACACUGACAGCACAAACCUGGAUGAGGCUGUAAGUGCCAUGCGUGGGGCACAGGUCGUCUCAACAGUGGUUGCCACAAGAAGUGACUAUGACCCAAAAGUCCUUAUUCAGCUGGCCAUGGAUGACCAGAACGCCAUCUUCAACGGAAAGGACUUUUCUGAAAUGUCCCAGUCCAGCUUGUUUGACCGUUUCAUCCAGUGGGUAUGUUAAAGAGAGACCACAUGGAUUGGAAUAUAAUACCAGCGCUACUGCUGUUUAUUCUAACAUUUUUAACAUGAGAUACUGGUUUACUUCGAUUUUACUUUGCACCGUACAAUUUGCAAAUGAUAUCACGCCAUUGCACUUCAUUACAGGAAAACUAUUCAUCUUCAAUAUUUUCUGAUACAAAAAUGAGCAUUCAACAAAAACCAUUUCGCUUAAAGAUAAUAAACCUGCAGUUUAUUUGAAAAUGCAGUGCUGUCUUCUGUAGGCACAAAGAGUCUAUAGUGAACAUCAAUCUGCAGAUUUAAAGCACUUACUGUAUCUAGCAUUAAUGAAAAUUAGCUGACUGAAAACAAGAUUUACAUUAAAAGUACAUUAAUUUUGAAAUUUUAAGCUACAGUUAUGAAACAUUAUGAACAGUAACAUUUAUGAAAAUAACAGCCAUUCGAUGAAACUGUCACUAUUUUCUAAAAGAAGCACGAGACAGUCACUGAAAAAAAAAAUCACGUCCUUCCUCCUCCCCCUCCUGCUCUAAUGGCACACUGUAGAAUCUACCGUUGCCUACCGAAAACAACCACUCAGGGCCAGAGUCUCAAAUGCAGCUGUAAAACACUGCUCAAGAGCAACGAAACUAUGCGGCACUGCUUACGUUUGCAUCAAGAUGCUGUUACUGCAUUGCCUAUUUUUCACCUCAAAUAUUUUCAAAAACAUAUUUUUGUGGACCGUUAAGCUGCAAAAUAAAGGUUUGCACUUGUCUAUGGGUGGUGUUUUGUUUCAACUUGAUUAUUUCUCACAUGGCAGCUAGGUUGCAGACUUUCUCUACGGUACGCCAUUAGAAGCACUACAAGCAGAGUUGGCCGAUAUCUACCUAGUUGGCAUAUUGCAAUGUCCAUGCCACAGCGUGACAGAGAGAGUAGGAUGAGAAGGACUACUGCACACAAUCUUUCGAUAAGUUAUGACUAACUUACUCAGGACUCUGCUAUGUCACUUUUUGACACAGAACCCAUGAUAUUUAUUCACUGGUGAAUU